AUGGCUUCUUACCCCCGACAAAUCUUGCAGAUAGUCCUGCUAGUGAUCAUCCUAGUCUUAAUAAUUCGAUUCUGGGAAGCGGACUUCACUGGGCUAGCCCAGCUAGAACGAGUCGCCGACGCGGACAAGCUCAAUGCGGCAACUGCACCGCUGUCUGCUCGUUAUGCUGCACUUGUACACGGAAAGGAAGAAGCCGAAUGCAAGGGUGGCCCUGUGCUCGUUUUAGUGGUAUCUGGGGCGCCCCGAUCUGAGCUGAUCGCCCGAGAUGAUUCAUGUUCGAAGAAGUUCGACGUAGUUAAAGCCCCGUUCAAGGCACCUGGGCCGCUGACGGUCCUCAAAUAUCUUGAGCAGAUUCCAAGGAAGUAUACCUGGGUAGUUCUUAUCAGCUCAACGUCGAAGAUUCGCCCGUCACUGUUCCUACGCCUUUGCAGAACCCUCCAUGUAGGCGAGGUGUAUGGCGUAGGCGAGAACGGAGAGGGUAAAUGGUUCAAGCACAAGUCUAUCGUACCCUCCUUUGGGGCUGGGGUUGUCCUCUCUGGGGACUUUGCUCGGAGCAUCGACACCAAGAAAGGGAAGAUCUCGAAGGAAGGGUCAAGCUGCCGACGAGAGCACGGCUUCUAUCAUGAGCACUUCCUUGCUGCCUGUCUUCAGAAACACUUUUCGAUCAACAUCACUGAUAGCGACGGGCUCCUCGGCUGCCCAGGGUGCGCAACAGAAUCACUCCCAGGCCGGUGUCUCAAUACAGAGACUGCGGAGGAGCUAUUGAGGAGCACAGUUUUCACUUUAAUGACUGACAGUCCUCAAGAAUGCCGUAUUGCCAUGGAUGCCUGGGCAGCCCCUUUGACGAAUCGAACCUACGUUUUCUCGAGCAAGAACGUGAGUGAUAUACGAAGUGCGUGCCCGCAAGCUAACGUCAUUGAAGUGGUGGAUGAACACUUCAUGGGUUGGAAGCAUAAACGGCCGUACGAACAACGACCUUUCGUAAUUCUCGAGUGGAUUGUCCGCAAAUUCAACGAGGAUGAAAUCAAGUACAUUGUUGGUUUCGAUUCUGACACAGCAUGGAACCUCAACUUGCUACCCAGCCUGCUGGCCGACUUACAGCCACCCCGGCUCAGCAUGCACGGUUACAUGUACAAGGCUUGGGGCACGACCUACCCUACUGGUGGAGCCGGGGUGAUACUAACAAUGUCAGCCGCGCACGCCCUUGUCAAUGCUGCUAACAGUGGCAGUUGUAAGAUGAGCAACACUAACUUUGACGUCAUGCUAGGCAGAUGCGCUGAUGCUGCCAACGUCGAACGAGUUCACGUUGAAGGUAUGUGGCAGCAACCUGUAGGCACUCUACCUAAGAGCGUCCUCACUGCACCAUGGGGAGUCCUUUCAGUACACAAGUACAAGAGCCCACAAGAAGUCGCUGAGGCCUUCAGUUUGAGCGGUCCAUGCCAGUGA